GCAUGUCAUUUCGCCGUAUUAUUUCCCUCCUCUCGCCGCUUCACUCCAGUCCAGCAGGUGGCGCUAAAACACUUAGGUUUGUUUGCCAAACAACAUUAAACCUCAGAGGAAGAAGCUCAGAUUCACCACGCUCUCUGUUGUUUUGUUUGGUGAUGCUGGCUCAAUACAAACGGUUAGAAAUUUUUCUGUAAACAGAGAAAUAUAGGGUUAGGAUCAGGUCGGUAAAUACAGGUCAAAAAAGGUUUUGAAGCAAGCGGGAAUAUCUGGAGGAGUAUCAUCUGAACUGAGAUCUGCUGCUGUGAAGAUGGUGUUUGUUAAAGAGGAGGACACGAGUGAACCAGAAACCUGGAGAAUAAAACACGAGGAACCAGAAACAUGGAGAAUAAAACACGAGGAACCAGAAACCUGGAGAAUAAAACACGAGGAACCAGAACCCUGGAGAAUAAAACAAGAGGAACCAGAACCCUGGAGAAUAAAACAAGAGGAACCAGAAACCUGGAGAAUAAAACACGAGGAACCAGAACCCUGGAGAAUAAAACACGAGGAACCAGAAACCUGGAGAAUAAAACACGAGGAACCAGAACCCUGGAGAAUAAAACAAGAGGAACCAGAACCCUGGAGAAUAAAACAAGAGGAACCAGAACCCUGGAGAAUAAAACAAGAGGAACCAGAACCCUGGAGAAUAAAACAAGAGGAACCAGAACCCUGGAGAAUAAAACAAGAGGAACAAGGAGGCCUGAUGAAAAUGAAAGAAGACAGACAAGAUCUGAAUGAGGUGGAGGAGAAGCAUCAAGGUCAGAAAGAUUGUGAUGUCAAUGGAGAAAAAUCAGUGAGCUGCAGCAUUCAAAAAACAGACGUCAAGAAGCCUUUCAGCUGCUCUCAGUGUGGAAACACUUUCAGACAUAAAGUAAGCCUUACGAGGCACAUGUUAAUUCAUGCUGGAAUAAAGCCUUUCAGCUGCUCUCAGUGUGGAAAAACUUUUGUACAGAAAGGACAACUUAAGAUUCAUUUGGCAACUCACUCUUCAGAAAAGCCUUUCAGCUGCUCUCAGUGUGGAAACACUUUUACACAGAAAGGAAGCCUCAAGAAGCACAUGCUAAUUCAUGCUGGAAUAAUACGUUUCAGCUGCGCUCAGUGUGGAAAGACUUUUACACAGAAUGGAAGCCUUAAGAAGCACAUGCUAAUUCAUGCUGGAAUAAAGCCUUUCAGCUGCUCUCAGUGUGGAAAAAGUUUUACAGUGAAAGAACAACUUAAGAUUCAUUUGGUAAUUCACUCUUCAGAAAAGCCUUUCAGCUGCGCUCAGUGUGGAAAGAGUUUCUCAACUAAAGGAUACCUUAAGACUCACAUGUUAAUCCAUACUGGAAUGAAGUCUUUCAGCUGCUCUCAGUGUGGAAGGAGUUUUACACAUAAAUCUAGCUUUCAGAGGCACAUGUUAAUUCAUACUGGGAAAAAGCCUUUCACCUGCUCUUAGUGUGGAAAGACGUUUACAAAGAGAGGAGACCUUAAGAAUCAUUUGGAGAGCCUACUGGACAUCGGGAGCACCAGGACAUUCCCGGUGGAUCGGUCGAGUAGUGAGCCGAUCGCCGAAGCGUGGAAGACCUCCGCCACAUUAGGCACUGUUGUUAAACUGUUUUACAGCAAACUGAAAAAAACAAAUACUCCAAAAGUGUGAAUCGGUGCUAUGCAAUGCAUCCGCAGCCGCGCACAAUGUAAAGUGAUAAACAGCGCAAGUCGCUUCAUCCAUUCAGAUUCACACAGAAUUGUUAUAAUCGUGUGAUAUGAGAACAUUAAAGGUUCUGUAGUGAUGCUGGCUGAAAACAGCCAUGACAAUGUAAACUGCAUGAAGAGGUAAACUGGAAAACACCAAUACGCUUGUCAAUUCAGCAUCCUAGUAAUUUACCAUGGUUUUACUUCUUGUGACCACCAUCUUACUAAUACUAAUUAUAAGCAAGAACUUCUCUCUUUAGAUGUUUAGUUCUAAUUAAUUUUAAUAGAAGUAAAAUGUUGGUUCCGUAAGAGCACGAUUAAAGAUAAAUAUCAGUGUCUUAUAUAGGUGUGUAUUAUUUACAAAUAUUAAAGUUCUUAAAGAGAUAGUUCACCCAAAAAUAAAAAUGAUCCUUUACUCAACACCAUGUCAUUCCAAACGUGUAUGAAUUUCUUUCCACUGUGGAACAUAAAAAAAGAAGAUAAUUUGAGAAAUUCAAGACAUUUUGUCAACCUGGUCUCAGGGGCGGAUCUACCGGGGUGGCACGGGGUGGCAAAUGCCACCCUAAGAAAAAGCUGUGCCACCCCAGAAUUAUCACAGAAUAAAAUAUAAAUGUAAGCAGUGUUUCAUGUGCUACUUUUCAGCCGCGCGAUGGUUGCACGUGCACGCAGCGCCCAGUGUAGUCGGCUUCAUUAACAAAUGACUCUUAUGAACCGGUUCUUUUUGGGUCAAAAAUAUAAAGCGCAGCCCAUUCACUAACAAAUUGUAUUUACAUUUGUUCGUGAAUCAGAUACUGCUUCUCGGUUUAUUCAGAAGUCCUCUGAGAAAUCUAAUCCCGUCCGGAUGUGUUCUGAGAUUCAUCCCGUAAUUGUUUGGUGAUCGAUUCUCCGACCGCUCGAUCGCUCCACUUAACAAUAACAUGGGCCGAUCACGAAAACUAAUAGCAGAAUACUAAUAGGUAAGAAUCUUGUAUUGCAGUUUUCUCUAUUGUUAAUUUAAUAUAAGUGAUUUUAUUUGGCCCAUUUUUCCAAACCAUUAAUUCAGUUCUCAAAACAAAGACACAUUUCUCAAAAAGUUUAACAAUGAGAUUAGGUAGCAAAACUGAUGACACCAAUCAGAAUCUCUGCAUCCUAACAACGGAGAGAGGAGAGAGCUAAAUGAAUAAUAUACAUGGGUUUUAUACUUACACAUUCAAUAUAAUUACAGUACAGUACCAGUACAUGAUGGAAAUUUCACUCUUCUAUAUGUACAGUAAACUGUAGCACGUGUUGUACACCUUCAAACAUGUGACUGUCAAAUUUGAUCUGUAACCAUCUUUUAUGUGUAGCUACUGCAUGUUUGCAGAGCUGAGAAAUGACUGCCUAGAGAUGUAGUCUUGUGUCAGGAGACCAGGAAACUGUUAUAGUAUUGUACACUGUAAUGACAUUUGACCAAAUGUGCAGAGGAUGCUGAAUUUACUUUUUUUAAUUUUAUUUUGUACUGUACUGUAUUGUGGUGCAUACCAAGUUCAUAUACAAUUCUUUGAUAUUUGAACUUUUCUAGUGUUUUUCAUCUACUGCAAGAUUACUUUCCAGUAGUAAAAUGAAAAUGAUCUGUUCCCAAAAGUUAAUUGCUGAAUUAUUAUCUGUAAUUUAUGUUGUAUACUGUAAUAGACAUGAUUACAGUAUACAUGAUUACAGAUGAGUUUUUUGUUAAGUGUUAUUGAUCUCAUGAGUGUUCACUGGGCAGGAAAGUCAUCUGUGUAUUUGAAUUGUAAGUAUUUAAGAAUACCUGUAAUAACUAGAUUGAAAAGUUUGAGAGACAAAGUUAUGCUGGCUUGUCUUAAAGUCUUAUUUAAGAAACAUAAAUAGUUUGGUCAGUUAGAUGUUCUAGAUGUUUGCUAAAGUGUUGCUAGUUGGUUGCUAGGAUAUGCUGGAUGGUUGCUAGGCUUUUGCUAUGCAGUUGCUGGGGUGUUGCUAGACUAUUGAUAGUGUUCUGGGUUAUUACAGACAUCCCCACCUCUGGUAAUAACAGAAUGUCUUCCUGAUACAAGCUCAGAAACAUUUAUAACCUCUUGAAGUUUUUCAUAUUGUGUAUUGACUUGGUGCCAUGAUGGAUAUUGAAAUGUUGUUAUUUAUUUUUCAUUUUAAACAGUAUAGAUGAUUACUUAAUGGUAAUGAAAUAUUUGUGAACAUAACUGUGCACGUCAGACAAUAA